AUGUCGAGACAAGGUGGCAAGCUGAAGCCUCUAAAGGCACCAAAGAAGGAAUCCAAAGAAGAGGAUGAAGAUGACAAGGCCUUCAAGGAGAAAAAGAAGGCCGAAGAGGCUGCUGUGAAGGCUGCAAGGGACAAAGCUAUCAAGGGUGGUCCUCCUGGUGGCGGGAUCAAGAAAUCAGGAAAGAAAUAG